GUGGUAAUCCCAGCUCAGACGUAAAUUGUCCUGACCUUAAUUCCCUUGCAGGCAUGAGGUGUCAGUGGUGCAUUCGGCGCAGGAUAUAACGGCGCCGUCAAAUUUCCCGUUUCUAGAUUCCCCGUCACUGUUAACAGGGACUGGGCCACCACCACGAUGCACCACUAAGAAAAAGCAACUACCCAAUCCCAACCGUUGAACCCUUUUCCUCAUUAUCACAAUCUCUCGUCGUCUCCGUACUACACGCGCGCACCAACUUACUCUCACGCUCACGCCACACCUCCAUCUUGGCAUGGCAUCCACACCUGAAUGAGGAUCUCAACACCCCCUACUACUUAAACACCCCACAUCAAUGUCUGCUCAGGUUGGUGUCAGGACGAGAGCUCGAGCCGCAUUAGCCAUGGAACCUCAACCUCCUAAGAGAAAGGCCACCACCAUCGCCACCACCAGCACUGAUGACCAAGACCGAAAAUCCUCCAAAGCUUCCAGAACUGAAAAUCUUCCAGACACCGACGAGUGCAACCUCAGCCCUACCUCCAGUGAAAUUCAAGCGUCUUGCUGCUCCAGCAGCGACACCAUUGGCCUCGACACCGAGAAGAUCAAGCUCUUAGAUCUGGAAGUGGAGAGCGCGCAAGUUGAAACGUCGACGUGCAAUGGUGCUGCUGAACAAAUUGAGAGGAAAUUAGAGAUGAACAGUUCCAGCAAGCUUCCAGAAAAUUCGCAGGAGCUGGAGUCGGUAGAGAUCGAUUCUCGUCAUUCCUUAUCCGCGGCGCAAAAAAUGCCUACCGAGUUGGAACUCGAAGAAUUCUUCGCUGCCGCCGAGAAAGACAUUCAGAAACAAUUUCAAGACAAGUACAAUUAUGAUAUCGUUAAGGACGUGCCGUUGGAAGGACGCUACGAGUGGGUUCAGCUGAAGCCAUGAACGUGUGCGUCGAUCUCGCCACCGAAGAAGCAAGACUCCGAUGAGAUGGAUUUGAACAUUUUACAUUUACAUUCCAUUUUGGUUCCGUUUAUUUAUUCAAUUUUAGGCUAGGUCUUUGAUUCGAAUUAAUUAUCCUAUCUUUUACGCCAGCUGAGACUCUUUUAUCUGGCGUACACUGUAUAGCUUUUAUAUUUGGGUGUGGUGAAGGUAAACAUGAAUUCAGCUUCGUUUGUUAUCUGAACAGGUCAAACGGAGAAGCGGCUUAAAGCUAGCUUUUAGUUGCCGAAUUCUGUAAAUUCCUUUGGGGAAGAACAAACGCUUCCAUUACAGACUUC